AGCUUUGACUGCCACCUGAGCACAGCUUGCCACUGAAGCAGGGCAGCUCUCACACUGUGGCUGCUGCCCAGGAAGGACAACGAGGCACCAGUGCCCAGCACUCAGCUACUGGCAGGCAGACGCAGCUCCCUGGGUGGCAGCGAUGCCCUGGCCCCCUCCUGGAUGGCUCUGUAUGCUGGGGACCUUGCUGGAGCUCUCAACUGCCCUGGCCCCUGAGAGCUGCCCCGAGAGGCACUACCGCUCCCCAGAGAGGCUGUGCUGUCAGAUGUGCAGUCCAGGGACAUUCCUGGUGAAGGACUGCAACCGGCACUCAACAGCUACUCAGUGUGACCCGUGUAAACCAGGUGCUUCCUUCACUCCAGACUACCACAGUCGGCGCCACUGCGAGAGCUGUCGCCACUGCCACUGGGGUAUCUCCAUUCACAGCUGCAACGUCACCACCAACACCCAGUGUGCCUGCCCCCAGGACCGGCAGUGCAGGGACGAGGAGUGCACCGAGUGUGACCCUCUUCCAGGCCUGACCACUCCUCCCCGAGGCCCACACCUUCUACCCAGCCAUUCACCUUAUGCCAAGACCCAGGGGUCCCUGUGCAGCUCAGAAUGUAUCCGCCUCUUUGUGAUCUUCUCUGGAAUGCUUUUGGUUUUCACCCUGGCUGGAGCCCUAUUCCUCCACCAACAGAGAAAAUGCCAAUCAAACAAAAGAGCAAACCCAGAGGAGACUACAGAGCCCUAUCCCUACAGCUGCCCCCGGGAGGAGGAAGGCCACACCAUCCCCAUCCAGGAAGACCACCGGAAGCCAGAGCUGCCUUCCUACCUCUGAGCAGCUGGGUGGGAGAUAAGGUCUCACUGCAACAGGGCUGGCUUCUUCUCUGCCCCACUGGCCAUGUAAAGUGAGCUCAGGGUCUAUUCCAGUCCAUCCUGUCCUUGAGACCCCUUGCUGUAUACACAUGACAGAGUGCCUGUCCUCCACUGGUGGUGACCAGGGCAAGAGCCCAGCAAGUCUGGUUCCUGCACUGCAGGAGGGCCUGGGCUCUGGCUGUAAAACACUUCUAGCAGUGAAAGCCCCAAGUGCUAUAUCCUUGUCUCAAAAAACGAGGACAAGGGGGCAAAAGAAAAGUGACAGCACUGUUU